AAGAAGCUGCAAUUGCUUUCCUGGUCUGCAGUUUGACAGGGCAUUAAGAUGUCCGUGGACAUGAACAGCCAGGGCUCUGACAGCAAUGAAGAGGAUUAUGACCCUAAUUGCGAGGAGGAGGAAGAGGAUGAGGAUCCUGGGGAUAUUGAGGAUUAUUAUGAUGGGGUAGCUAACGACGUGGAGCAGCAGGGAGCAGAUGCCUUUGAUCCAGAGGAAUAUCAGUUCACCUGCCUGACUUACAAGGAGUCGGAGAGCACUCUGAAUGAACACAUGGCCAGCUUGGCUGCCACAUUAAAGGUAUCCCACGCUGUUGCAAAGCUAGUAUUAGUUAGUUUCCACUGGCAAAUCUCAGAGAUUUUGGAAAGGCACAAGUCUAAUGCUGCCCAAUUGCUAGUAGAAGCACGAGUUCAGCCCACCUCAUCCAAACAUGCAAUGGUACAUUCCUCCCAUCACUGCGCAGUGUGCAUGCAGUUUGUCCGGAAGGAGAACUUGCUCUCUCUGGCUUGUCAGCACCAGUUCUGUCGCAGCUGUUGGGAGCAGCAUUGUACAGUGCUCGUCAAGGAUGGUGUUGGAGUCGGGGUCUCCUGCAUGGCUCAGGACUGCCUACUUCGGACACCAGAAGACUUUGUGUUUCCAUUGCUGCCUAGUGAAGAGCUGAAAGACAAAUACAGGCGCUACCUCUUCAGGGACUAUGUGGAGAGCCAUUAUCAGCUGCAGCUGUGUCCUGGUGCAGAUUGCCCUAUGGUCAUACAGGUACAAGAGCCAAAAGCCCGGCGAGUGCAGUGCAAUCGUUGCAAUGAGGUCUUCUGCUUUAAGUGUCGGCAGAUGUACCACGCACCCACAGACUGUGCUACCAUUCGGAAAUGGCUCACCAAGUGUGCAGAUGAUUCCGAAACAGCCAACUACAUCAGUGCUCACACUAAAGAUUGUCCCAAGUGCAAUAUCUGUAUUGAAAAGAAUGGAGGCUGCAAUCACAUGCAAUGCUCCAAAUGCAAGCACGACUUCUGCUGGAUGUGUCUGGGAGACUGGAAGACUCACGGCAGCGAGUACUACGAAUGCAGUCGGUACAAAGAGAAUCCUGAUAUUGUAAACCAGAGUCAGCAAGCACAGGCCAGGGAGGCCCUUAAGAAGUACUUGUUCUAUUUUGAGAGGUGGGAGAAUCACAAUAAAAGCCUACAGCUGGAGGCACAGACAUACCAACGAAUCCAGGAGAAAAUCCAAGAAAGAGUUAUGAACAACUUGGGAACAUGGAUAGACUGGCAAUACCUACAAAAUGCUGCAAAACUACUUGCAAAGUGUCGUUACACCCUGCAGUACACAUAUCCAUAUGCCUACUACAUGGAGUCUGGUCCCAGAAAGAAACUGUUUGAGUACCAGCAGGCCCAGCUGGAAGCUGAAAUUGAAAAUCUCUCAUGGAAAGUGGAGCGAGCAGACAGUUAUGACAGAGGGGACUUAGAGAAUCAGAUGCAUAUAGCAGAGCAGAGACGGAGGACCCUGCUGAAAGACUUCCAUGACACAUAAGACAGGAGGAAGUGACAAAGUGCAGGGGUGAGAGCAGCAAGUGAAGUGAUGGCAGCUUCACCAGGAUAAGCAGGCACUGCCUCUGGGAGAACACGGCCAAGGACAAAGCCACCCUUCCCCUUGCAAGUCAGACACAUGCAAACACCACAUCUUAGUCCAGUUUGUUCUCUUAUCUUUCUGUUUCUGUUUCUGCCAGGCUAGAGGCCGGAGUUCAGAUUGGUAUAUUUCCUGGGACAUUUCCCUCCUGCCCUUGAUGGUUUCAGAAGGGGAGGGAGUUUUUCUCUGAAUGGCUGUUAAUAGUAUUAGAUAAUUACAAUUUAUGUAAUUUUCAACGGUUGUACAAUUAUACAGACAAACAUUAGAAUAACUCACAACCCUUUUUAAAAAUAAAUUGGCAGUGGAGUGUUUUUCCUUAA